AUGCCAUUUUUGGGCCAAGACUGGAGAUCACCUGGAUGGAGAUGGGUUAAAACAGAAGAUGGAUGGAAACGAUGUGAAUCCUUCAGUCCUGCACUUGAGGAUGGAAAUAAUCGACUGAAUGAUAUCAGUCAUACUGUCAUCAUAACUGGUGAUGGUGAGGAUGAAGAAAUAUACGGUACUGAAGAUUGUGAGUUUGCAGCCAAGAAAAGGAAAAAAGAUCAUUUUAGGAAUAAUACAGAUUCACAAUGUUUUUAUCGUGAAAAGUGGAUUUAUGUUCAUAAAGAAAGCACCAAGGAAAGACACGGCUAUUGCACUCUGGGAGAAGCUUUUAACCGCUUAGACUUUUCAAGCGCAAUUCAGGACAUCAGAAGGUUCAAUUACGUGGUCAAACUUUUGCAGCUAAUUGCAAAAUCCCAGUUAACCUCAUUGAGUGGUGCAGCACAGAAGAACUACUUUAACAUCUUGGACAAAAUUGUGCGGAAGGUCAUGGAAGACCAGUAUAAUCCACGACUAAUCAAAGAUCUUCUACAGGAUCUGAGUUCUACUCUCUGUAUACUGAUUAGGGGAGUUGGAAAAUCUGUGCUGGUAGGGAACAUUAAUAUUUGGAUUUGCCGAUUAGAAACUAUCCUUCUGUGGCAACAGCAACUGAAAAACCUUCAGAUGAACAAGCAAGUCAACAAUGGUCUUACGCUUAGCGAUCUGCCUCUCCAUAUGCUGAAUAACAUCUUAUACAGGUUCUCUGAUGGCUGGGACAUUAUCACUCUGGGUCAAGUGACCCCCACUUUGUACAUGCUCAGUGAAGACAGACAGUUGUGGAAAAAACUCUGCCAGUACCAUUUUGCAGAAAAGCAGUUUUGUAGGCAUUUGAUUCUGUCAGAGAAAGGUCACAUUGACUGGAAGCUGAUGUAUUUUGCACUUCAGAAAUAUUACCCAAUAAAGGAACAGUAUGGGGACACCUUGCACUUCUGUCGACACUGUAGUAUUCUGUUCUGGAAGGAUACAGGACACCCCUGCACAGCCAGUGAUCCAGACACCUGUCUUAUGCCAGUAUCUCCUCAGCAUUUUAUUGAUCUCUUCAAGUUUUGAGACAUUUAGUAGCUGUUCUCCUGUGUUUGUGACCAUUUCUGUGAAGAGCCAGGCAGGAUACAUUAUGCUUUUUGUGCAAUAUAUUUGAGUGUAAUGUUUUGUUGUAGUUAAAAAAAAAAGAUACGGGGAGGAUUAU